UUUUUUGAUCUAUCACACCCUGUAAACGAGUUUGCAACGUCAUGCAGCAUGACGAUGCCAAAAAAUGGGCGCGUAGGGAGGAGACCGUCGCCUGUAAUGAGAAAACCUAACAAGGCAGAAAUCAACAUGUGUCGUCUGAAUCUCAAACUGGGUUUGUGAAAAUGGAGGAAAAAGGUCAGAGGAGACAGAGAAGAAAUGCAGAACGGCAAGAAGACAAUUUAAUACCCAGAGGUAGGAUUGGUGCAAAAGGUUGGGAGAGUGGGUGCAAAGAGAAGAAUAAUGCCAGGAUACAUAGAUUGCUUUGUCAGAACAAGAUACGCACAUAAGUGCAUAAAGUUUAUCACUUUCCAAACAUUUUCCAUAAUCUAGGGAUUAGUCGACUUUGUUUUAUAAUAAAGAAAGGAAAUUAAUGAUGGUGGGCUCUGUCUGACAGGAGGGAAAACGAGGGGCAUGUGCACUGUCUAAUCUAAUGUCAAGUCAAAGCUGAAGUGAGGGCCCCAAGCUGGCAAGGCUGCUCAAUGCCAUCAGAGCAGAGUGCUUCAAAAUGUGUGGGAAAACUCCUUACACUAGGACACUGUUUACGAGGACUCAAAGGGGGUAUUUUUAUUUUCUUACCGUGGAAAGAAGGGAAUCAUUCUUUAGGCAUUCAGUGGUUAAAAAGAAGGGGCUGCCCCCCAUUUCUUUCUAUAUUCAGCCCAACAAGCAGGUCUGAGGGAUUCUGUCAAGGUGGGUUUAUAGACAUGAAAAAAGUUUGUGUGAAUUAUAACAUUUGAGUGGUAGUUCUUGAUAUGAUGUAGGCUUUUACGUAGGGUGCAAGGUUUCUGCUCUUGGGAUAAUUCUGUAUUCUUUGCUCUCUGCAUUGAGGGUCUUAUCAUGCAUACUUUCUUCAUAUAUCUGACCACUACUUGAGAUUAUACCCUGUUGAGAUGGGUAUUCUGCCACUACUGUAAUAAUCGAUUUGUUUUUGGGUCUGAUACUAGCCUGAUUUGGGAAGUAUACUCAGUUUAGCUUGGAGAUUGUGAUAUGGAUACUAAUUCGGUAAAUCAAGGAGGUAGCCAUGAUCAUUGCUGGGCUUCGUCAAAGAUGCAGCAGGAGUGGCAGGUGUGGGAGGGGAUGGGGAUUUAUGGGCAUGAGAGAUUGCCUGUUGCUGAAUGGGCUGCUGGUUCCGAAGAGGGGGGCUAUAUUGGGAAAGAAUAUUUUAGGGGCUCUAUGGAUCAGGUGUCUUCUGAUAAUGCCAUGGUGGGUAACUUGAGCGAAGUUGUGAUGGAGAAGAACUUUAACAGCAACAAUAAAACACAGUUUUCACUGGAGGAGAAACUUAGUCCAGUGAAAAGUGAAGGAAAUGGCUUUAAAGGUUGGCUUGCAGAUGGGUCUAGCAAUGGAGGCAAUGGUUUUUUGGGUCAUGGUACAAAUAUGUUGGUUGAGGGGACAAAUGGUAGCUAUCAUGGUGGGCGCAAUGUUAGUGUUAGUGUCCACCAUGAUGGUAGAUAUAACAGCAAGGUUGUCAAGGAUGUUCAAGGGGAUUCAUUAACUUGCCUCAAGCUUGGGAAAAGGCAGUAUUAUGAGGACAGUGCCAAUCUGGGCAAGGGCAUUCCUGUUUCUUUUUCUGUCACAAAUUCUGUCUACAAGAAGCCCAGAAGUUUAGCUUCUUCUAAUGCCCAUCCUCCUCGUUGUCAAGUGGAAGGAUGCAAUGCAUGCUUAGCUAAUGCCAAGGAUUAUCACAGAAGACAUAAAGUUUGUGAGAUGCAUUCCAAGACUGCCAAAGUUAUUGUUAUGGGCACUGAGCAGCGUUUCUGUCAACAGUGUAGCAGAUUCCAUGCUAUAGCUGAGUUUGACGAUACAAAGAGGAGUUGUAGAAGAAGGCUGGCGGGACACAAUGAACGCCGCAGGAAGAGCUCAUCAGAUUCACUCCACAAUUCCACCACUCAAGAUGAGAAACGGCUGAUGGGUGUUCAGGGUGAGAGAUAUGAAUUGGGCAGAUAUAACUUGCCAUACAUGUCUUCUUCAUGCGGACGUGCUCUCUCUCUUCUGUCAUCACAACAUCAGUGGCUCAAUUCCAGCUCCUGCUCUACACUCCCUUCUCGAUCAAGUGCAAGUGCAAGUGCACUAGCUUUGAGAGAACUUAUUGCAGAGAAUCGAGCACAGGGUCUGUCUAGGUACUCAGAUGAUUCUCCAUACCAGAGAGCAAAUGGUGUAACUGUCAUGGUACACCCAUUGUCAAUACAAGAAAAUGAGGAGAAGUGCAGAUUGAUGCCAGGCUUAAGGUCCUUGGAAAACCAUGGGAAAGUAAAUGAUGGUGAAGUAGAGAAGAAGAAUGCAGUGGGUGUUACAGGAAACCCUAUUGUUGUACGUCCAACACUUGAUUUGAUGCAGCAGUCUGAUUCCUCAUUUGCAUUGCAGUCAGGGAAGAGCAACAAUAAGUCAUCUUCUUCAGCUUCUUCUUCUUCAGAAGAUUGUGAGAUUUGGAAGUCCUUGGAAGGCACACAUAUCAGCUGAGUCCUGUGGAUAUUUCCGAUGCUUCAGAAUGCUUUUUAAAAUUGGGCUGAGGAAUUAGUUUACACAAGCUCGAUUUGAGGCUUGAAUAGAUGAAUCUCUCAAUUUCAAUUCCAUAGGAGCAGAAAAUCUGAAGAAGAUUUGAACUGUAUCAUUACGUUUUACGAUCAAAGUAAGUAUUCUGGAGUUCUGAUUUGUUUGUAUGUACAGUUCUCUCUUCUGAUGAUAUUUUAAUUGGAACAGUUCUUUAAUGACUCUUUCGGAUUCCCUUUGAAUCCUCCAUGACAUUAGACAUGUUAAGGAAAAGAAAAGAAAUCAGUAGUAAGAUUUCAUGGGUAUUUUUCAA